UGGACGAUCGUCAUUGUGUGAAAACAUCCAGACGAGAUAUUCGAAGCGAUCGAAAGAUUACAAAAUGUCCGAAGGAAGAUACGUGCGAUUGAACCGCUUUAAUGGUGGUAGUAGUGAAGAAGAAGAGUGUGCGACGACCGAGUGUUUGGAGGUAGGGAGGUUUGUUCGCGCUCCAGUUGUUCAUGAUGUCGACAGCGAGUAUGAAGACCAAAAUGAUGGAGACCAGCAAUACGACCCCCACCGGAUUGAAACUGAUACUAACUAUGAAAACAACGCUUUGAAGAAGCAAGUCGCUGACAUGGAGAAGAAGAUCGCGGACCUGUCAGCUGAAGUUAAAAGUUCCCGGGAGCGUGAUAUCAGCAGAAAUGAUGCAGAGGAAAGUUGGAACAGCUUUCGCAAUGGGCGAUCGUCUCAGGCAGAGGGACAUAUCCCAUCUAUACGCUGGGACCAAAUGAAGCCAUUUCCAAAAAACGUCGCCGCAAAUAAAAUGUGGGAAGAAUGGUCAAAAUAUAUAGAAAACUUCGAAAUCGCUGCAUCGUUGUCCAAUGCUAUUGACCCCACGCGGCGAUCGCAACUACUUUUCAUUCGAUGGGCGAGGAAAUGCAGGGAAUCGUUCGUGCUGCUAAAUUAA